AUGGACGUGGACGUAGACGUGGACGUGGACGUGGACGUGGACGUGGACAUGGACGUGGACGUGGAUGUGGACGUGGACGUGGACAUGGACGUGGAUGUGGACGUGGACGUCGACAUGGACGUGGACGUGGACGUGGACGUGGACGUGGACGUGGACGUGGAACUUGGACGUGGACGUGAAAUGGACGUGGACGUGGAAAUGGACGUGGACGUGGACGUGGUUGUGGACGUGGACGUGGACGUGGACGUGGAAGUGGACGUGGACGUGGACGUGGACGUGGACGUGGACGUGGACGUGGACGUAGACGUGGACGUGGACGUGGACGUGGACGUGGACAUGGACGUGGACGUGGACGUGGACCUGGACGUGGACGUGGACGUGGACGUGGACGUGGAAAUGGACGUGGACGUGGACGUGGACGUGGACGUGGACGUGGACGUAGAAAUGGACGUGGACGUGGACGUGGACAUGGACGUGGACGUGGACGUGGACAUGACAUGGACGUGGACAUGGACAUGGACGGGACGUGGACUGGACGUGGACGUGGACGUGGACGUGGACGUGGACGUGGACGUAGACAUGGACGUGGAUGUGGACGUGGACGUGGACGUGGACAUGGACAUGGACGUGGACGUGGACGUGGACGUGGACGUGGACGUAGAAAUGGACGUGGACGUGGACGUGGACGUGGACGUGGACGUGGACGUGGACGUGGACGUGGACGUGGACGUGGACGUGGAAAUGGACGUGGACGUGGACGUGGACGUGGACGUGGACGUGGACGUGGACGUGGACGUGGACGUAUGA